AUGAUCAAACCACCCAUGGACUUCCUGGAGGCAGAAGAACUUGUUAUGGAAAAGCUCAAGAGAGAGAAGCCAAGAUACUAUCAAGACAUGUGUCGCAACUUCAAGGAGGACCAAGCUCUGUACACCGAGAAACAGGCCUUUGUCGACGAAGCUCUAAAGCUGAAACGGGACAUCGAAAAGUUGGAGAAGUCAAUCUGGAAACUACACGUAGAAAACAGACACCAUCUCCAACAAGUACAGGACUUCAAAUUUGCACUGAAGACAUUCUGUGGGUGGAGCCAUAAGUAA